AUGAAUUUGCUCCGAACUGAAGGUCAGGCAAAGGUUGGUGGUACACUUGUAUGUGUCAUUGGAGCUAUUUUAAUAGCUUUGUUCCAGGGCCCGACUUUGUUUGGAUAUGGAGAGAUAGAUUUCGCUGCACAAAGUCAAAUAAGUGCCAGGGGGCCAGAGCCUGCUGGAUGUACAGAAACAGUGAAUUUGCUCCGAACUGAAGGUCAGGCAAAGUUUGGUGGUACACUUGUAUGUGUCAUUGGAGCUAUUUUAAUGGCUUUGUUCCAGGGCCCGACUUUGUUUGGAUAUGGAGAGAUAGAUUUCGCUGCACAAAGUCAAAUAAGUGCCAGGGAGCCAGAGCCUGCUGGAUGGUUGCUGUCUAGUUUUCUAAAUUUUGGGAUUGAUCUUUGGCACCUUGGUGUCUUAUGCUUAAUAGGAAACUGCAUUUGCAUGGCAGCUUAUAUAGCCAUUCAGGGAUUAAAACCAGCUCUUGUACCUAGAAUUUGUUGGAGUUUUGGUCAAGCAGAGGUUGGUACUGUAGUAUGGGAUGUGUUGUACUCUGUGUUGAGAAAGUUGACAAGGAUUCAACAAAGAUUACUAACAUAA